UCUCAACGAAAUAAUUCACUUUAUAUUUUUUUCUUUUGAAGAAAAAGAAAAGGCAAAACACCUAAACGUUCCUCUGUCUACCAAUUCAUAUAACUAGACUAGUUUCCUUGUCAAGAAAGAGUCAAGUUAAGAGAGAGAGAGAGGAUGGAGAGAGAACUUAGACGACCGAACCCAAUCAACAGCUCUCGCCGUCCGGAGAUGUUUUCUUCAGGCGCCGGUAGUACUCAUCUACCGGAAAGCCCACGAGGCCCAAUGGAGUUCUUGUCUAGAUCCUGGAGCGUCUCUGCCUUGGAAGUCUCCAGGGCUCUCCAAACCGCCAAGUCAGCUUCAGCCACCAACAGAGCUCCCUCCUCCAUCAACACUCCAAUACCGGAGGAAGCGACGAACCCUGAAAAAGAAGAAUGUCCGCCGCCUGAGAACAAUACUAGUGUCAGUAGCCAGUUCUCCUUCGCUGCCUCCGCCACUUCACAGCUUGUUCUUGAGCGCAUUAUGUCUCAAUCGGAGGUGUCACCGUUAACAUCGGGGAGACUAUCACACAGUAGCGGACCACUCAACGGCGGUGGUUCUUUCACGGAGACAGACAGUCCUCCCAUCUCCCCCUCUGACGACUUCGACGACGUUGUCAAGUAUUUUCGCACCCACAACACCAUACAGCCUCUCUUCUCUGGCACAGGAGGCAGCCGUGGUGGUACCACCGGAAACGGGAGCAGUACCCCAAUGGCUGGAACAGGCCCAAAGACUGUUGGUAGGUGGCUCAAAGACCGUAAGGAAAAGAAGAAAGAAGAGAGUAGAGCUCAGAAUGCACAGGUCCAUGCAGCUGUUUCAGUUGCAGCGGUUGCAUCUGCUGUGGCAGCUGUAGCUGCAGCGACAGCAGCUUCCUCACCUGGUAAAAACGAGCAGAUGGCCAGAAUUGAUAUGGCCAUGGCUUCUGCCGCUGCUCUGGUGGCUGCUCAGUGUGUGGAGGCCGCAGAAAUCAUGGGCGCAGAAAGGGAUCAUUUGGCAUCCGUUGUGAGCUCUGCAGUGAAUGUUAAGUCCCAUGACGAUAUUGUCACGCUUACUGCAGCUGCUGCAACAGCUCUGCGAGGAGCUGCUACACUCAAGGCACGAGCACUAAAAGAAGUGUGGAACAUAGCAGCUGUGAUACCAGCCGAGAAAGGAACAAGUUCAGCAUUGUGUGGCCAGGUUGACACAAAGCAUAGCGAUAGCAGCUUUAGUGGAGAAUUACCCAUGGCUGGGGAAGACUUCUUCGGAGCCUGCAAUCAGGAACUACUAGCUAAAGGCACUGAGCUCCUCAAACGAACUCGUGGAGGUGAUCUCCACUGGAAGAUAGUUUCUGUCUACAUCAACAAAGCCGGCCAAGUUGUGCUGAAAAUGAAAAGUAAACACGUCGGAGGGACCUUCACAAAGAAGAAGAAACAUAUGGUGCUUGAAGUGAAAAAGGAUAUACCUGCAUGGGCUGGCAGGGAUCUCUUUAACGGAGACAAGCAUCAACACUACUUCGGGUUAAAGACUGAAACAAAGAGGGUAAUUGAAUUUGAGUGCAGAAACCAAAGAGAAUACGAUAUAUGGACUCAGGGGGUAUCCCGGCUUCUUGCCAUUGCUACAGAGAAGAAGCAGAAAAGUUCUAUGUCCAAAUGGAUGGCACCUUAAUAACAACAUAGAGUCGAACUUCAUAUGAUAAGAAUAGGUUUAAGCAUCAAGGAGUAGAGAAGACUUUCCCUUUUGUAAUAUCCUUUUAUUCCAUUGAUUAAAAGAGAGAUGACUUUUUAAAAGGCUAACAAGUACAAUAUAUUAUUAUUGGCUUCAUGUGUCAUUUUACAACCGUUCAACCUUUUUUUUUUACAAGCCAAAUAUUACCUUCUGCAGACAAAAGAAUUAGAACAGAUGAAAGUAGAGUGCUUUAACUAUCAGCAGCUCUUAAGAGAGUGAGGAGAGAGAGGAAGAGAUUAA